AUGAACAUCUUCUCCACACGCUUCCAACGUCGUUCACGCUCUCAUCUUCGUACUCCUUCAACCGCUCAUCAAAAGAUCUCCAAUAUGAAUUCUCCUUAUCCCGCCAACUCCAAUGACAGCAUCGCCCCCAAAACCAUCGCCGCCCACCUAAAUCACGAGCCCAACCUUCCAGGCGCUGAGGACCUCGAUGCGGAUCUAGUCAAACAGUGGAUCGUUGCCCUCGACACUGGUCUACGCAAAAAAGAAAUUAAGCGUAUGGCUGCCAGAGUCCUCGAUGAGCUGCGUGCCAUGGACGGAAUCACUGCUGAACAGGCAACCAGACACCAGCAACGUCGCCCUAUCACGCGUGAUCUUCCUGAACCCAUCUACACCUGGAAUGGCAAUGGCUCUUUGGGAGCCAAGAAAGAACUACUGUCGAACGGCUCCAACAGUCAACUCAGUGCGUUUGAGGUCAUCGCCAAGAAGAAAGGUACCAAGCAUGGCAAGGGCACCAACCCGACUGUUAACGACAUCGACGAAACUGGCGGCGUCAAGCUUGAGGACACUUCAGACCAGGAAGAGUCAGAGCAGGCUGUGGACGGCGCCAUGGCUGAGGCAAAGGCAGACGCAAAGAGGGCAAAGAAGGCAGCCAAGAGAGCCAGAAAGAAGGCAAAGGUUCUUGAGGAGGCUCGCAAGGAGGCAAAGCCACCUGUUGGUCCAAAGCCAGACGACAUCGAGGACAGUGGAAAUGACUCUGACUGGACUCAGACCAGCUGGACACCUUUCUGGACUUCGGACUCGGAGUAG